AUGAGCUCCAUUCAUGAAAUACCAGAAGUCGCUUUGGAUAAUUUCAAGGAAACCUAUCUACCCCGCGUUGUGAAUGCGACCCAGGUGGAAGAGAUUGCGAUCCGUCUGCAGAAAGCAGAUAUUCUGCUUUCGAACGGCCGAUGGGCUGACUUUCCCAAUGAUCCUGCCGAUGCACCCACCGAGGAUGCAACCUUCCAUCUCCUCGACUCUGUUGCUGCUGCCAUCGUCAAAGAAGCCACCGUCCUGCUGAAGUGUCGUCCGACGGCAACAAUGCAGACCAAUCCAAGGCAAUCCGCCAUCUCUGAAGGCCGUAACGCGCAGUUCAUAUCAGAUGGGCACUACAAGCUGUGCAUCUCUCUCGGCGCUAGAGUUGUUCCCAAUGAAAAUGCAACCAAGUACGGAGGCCUGUGUCCGUACGAUAAAAAUUCAAAGGUGGCAUUGGCCUAUGACCGUAUAGAGAUCGAGGAGUACAAAUGUAAAGAUAGAUGGACAGAUGAGAACGACAACAACAAGAAAAUAUUGGGAAAUGUCGCUCAAAUGAUGUACGCGGACCCUUAUCGCCGAUUCAUGUUUAGUGCAACGAUUACGAACACUACCACUAGGCUGUGGUACUUCUCAAGAGCCUUCGUUCUUAUAUCUACAACGUUUGAUUUUAUCUAUGAUUACAAGCACCUAAUACACUAUGUGAUUUCGAUGUCGUUUGGAAGCUUAGAAGACCUCGGUUACGAUACCUCAACUGUCCGCAUCGCAAUUCCGAUUGACAACGGCGAAAAAUAUCGUAUCCAGUAUGACUACCUCAUUGGCGAUGAAGUAUGUCGAACUGUCGAAGUCUGGAGAGUACGCAAGCUUAGUGAUGCCAAUGGUCAGGCAUUUGCUCUGAAAGAUGUUUGGAUACCACUGGAUCCUGCAUCUGAGAUCGACAUUCAAAAGCGCAUAUUCCAUCUCAUCGAUGAACAGUCGGCACAGACAGACCCUUCACUGUACAAGAAAUUCUUCAUGGACUUUGGUACUUGCAACGUUGCUUCUGCUGGCAAGGCAAUAACAGGGAAUUGCCAACAGUACCCGACUCCAGGGUACUUGUAUACUAGCCGAAAACAUGGUUGUGUGCUAUUCUCUGAGCUUGGCAUUCCUCUCGACAAGGAAUAUGACCAGAGCAAAUUUAUUGGUGGUCUUCUCCAUGCAUUCAAAGGGCUUAGAUAUCUCUACGUCAGUGACCACAUUCACCCAGAUAUAUCCUCUGGAAACGUCCCCUUUGUAACAACAAUCAAGGCAAGGUGCUUAUUCAAUUUUGUCAACCGUUCCCUUGAUCCCUCCUGGGACUCAGAAACAUGCUUUCCGAGAUAUCUUUCCUCAUCAAACCCGAGGGUCCAUACAGCGCUCUGCCUUCUUUAUGAAGGCGGAGUUAUACAAAUCUGCCAUUCAGUCACUUCCAAGAGAGUACCGAGUGCCCGGCUUCCUCCCAGACAAAUGUCGCUGUCGCUGGUCGAUGCCUACCAAUCUGUUGAGGCUAGCAAAGAUUUUCCAGCACAUCAGUCCUUUGACCAGUUCUUCAGCACAAGCAGAAAAAAAUUUGAGAAAUACCUGGAAAGUCUUGCGCAAUCUACUGUAGGCAAGAUCCGACCCUGGAAAGAUUUUGAUUCGGUCGAGGAAGGAGAGAUAGACUGGGCUGUGACUACUGGUUUGGAGGAAGCUAACUAUGCCGACACUGAUUCUUCUGAAGCUGACUGUUCCAUAAAUUAUGUCACUGUGAAGUGGAAACGAAGCGUUGCAUUGCACAAAGUUGGGGAGCCUGUUGAUGACGACCAGGUGACCGUACAUCAAAGCAUCAGCUCCGGAGUGGGCGAUUUAGCGGCACUGCCCCUGAAUAUCCUAAGGGACGUUCCACCCGAUCUGGUGGCAAAGCUACAGGAUCUGGGAACAGUCGAAGCCUGA